GGAUUUCGACAUUUGAUAGAAAGAGAAUGGGUUGGUUUUGGCCAUAAAUUCGCGGAAAGGUCAGGUAUGCAAUUCGGAGACGUUAAUCAAAGGUCGCCGGUGUUCUUACAGUGGUUAGACUGCGUUCAUCACCUGUUGAAGCGCUACCCUUGCUCUUUUCAGUUCAAUGAAACUUACUUGACGAAGCUUGCUCAGCACGCGUAUUCCGGUCUGUUUGGCACGUUCGUCUGUAAUUCAAUGUGUGAACGGUUGAAGCAGAACGUUCUGUCGCGUACGUUUUCCGUCUGGGCUUACCUGAGCUCAAACAGCUUGCAGUUCACGAACGUGUUGUACAGCUGUGACGGUUCGGUGCUGGUGCCAAAUUUCCGGCUGCGCGACGUUGCUGAAGUCUGGCGCACGAUGUAUUAUCCCGUAAACGACCCGUGCCAUGCUCAAAGUGUGGCUGCUGGCCGCGAUUCGACUAUCGCCGUCGACGACAAACAUAUCGACCGAAGCGUCCAGCGUUCGCACUCUUGCGACAGCAUCGCUUCGUCCGGCGGCAUGCUCAACGACCACGGCGCGAAUUGUGCCGGAGUCGGGGGUCAGUUUUCUGUACCACUCCUUCAUCGUACCGGCAGUGAGUCGAACAUGACGCCGCUGUUGAAGUCGUCGAUGUACGACAAUGGCAGCGACGUUGCUCAAGGUGCUGAGGUCGUAAAGGUCGUAGUAACAGGUACGGAUUUGCACAUGAACGGCGAUGCGACGGUCGAUGAAGACGCCAUAGAAACCAUGCGCAAUAUGCUGGACACAGUCAAUUUUGACACCAGGGACUCUACCGCGAAUGAUGCCACAGGGUUGGUCGUCGCAGACCGCAUGUCGAAUGGUAGCGGCGCCCAAUACAACGGGUUAAUGGCUGCAGACUUAGUGAUUGACGAUGGAGAUUUCGAUUUACGUCACCAGGGAGCCCUUGCAUCAGUGACGGACAAAGGUUGUGGUGCCACCGAUUCAGACCGGGUGCUGCCUGGGUACAAAGAUUUGGUUGGCGGCGUUUUCGGCAGCAACUGUGAUACGAGUACGAGUACAACGGACAUAAGCGAUUCAAGCGUAAAGAGGUUCGUGGCCGCUCUCGACAGCAAGUGCCAUGUACAUAACCGCAGGGGCGACCAUGAGGAUAAUGAAAAUGACGAAGAAGAGCUUCUGCCUACCACCAGGCCGCGAUGCGACGUCUAUCUGUCUUCUGUAUCCUUUUCCAAACACGGCGGGGAGCAUCGCAACAGCUACACGUCGAGGACUACGUUCAGCACCGAUGGCAAGCUGCUGCCCCCUGCCAAGCGCCUGAUCGAUGUCGAUGGCCUGAUCAAGAUCGACGAUCCGGUGCAGAGCAAAGUCCGCGACAUCGUCGUCCGUUAUCAUUCGGAGAACUGCUACUCUUCCGCUGACAGGAUUCGAUUCAGUGAUUCUGUCGUUCAGGUUGGGUUCUGUCCGAACACCAGUACGGGCCUGGGCGCGUAUCGUGACUUCGACACCUGA